AGUACGAUUUUCAUUAUUGGAAAUAUCUCUUUGAAUUUUCCUAUUCAUUCGAUAACUGUUUUCUUUUCUUCAAAUAAAUUUAUGAUACAUUAUAAAAAGUAGUGAAAGUAAUGUAGUAGCGCCAUAAAGACAAUUAAAAACAUCUGUAACUUAGUUACUUGAAGUUGACGAUUAAAUUACUUUGAUGUGUUAGAUGUGUGGCAGACGACAGAGAACUUUGCAAUCUGUCAUUUCGAAGCUAAUCGCAACGAUAUUUUAUUAAACAUUAGUUGUUUCAUAAAAACGACUCUUAUCACAUAGUUUGCCAUAGUAGUUGACUAUGUUAUAGGAAAAUAAAUUACGUUGGAACGUGUACAAACUAUCCAUAUUUCUGUUCGAAUUAAACGACAGGGUUAUGAGGCUCCAAUUUCGAAGUCUCGCUAUUCAUAAAUAUUUUUUCAGUGUUUUUAAUAUAAUUUGUACAUUACAUGAUGGCUGAAAAAUGUAAGGAAUGUGGGUGCAAAUGUGUGAGCUGCGAUCAAAAUGAUCAGCAACAUGGAGAAAUGCACUUACAUGUAGAAAUAGAAAAUUUGCGCCAACGUUUAGUGGAAAAAGAUAAUCACAUUGUAACAAUGGAGACACAAUUCCUAAACGAAGCUGAUAAGUUUCCAAAUGGAGAACUAGCUUCCAUGAAGGAGGAACUUUUAAUUUGGCAAGAGAAGUAUUCAAGAUUACACGAAGCUCACAAACGUGUUCAGAAAGUAAAUCAAAAUCUUGAGGAUAAAUUAUUAAGGAUUGUAGAUAAAUGUGAAACAGAGAAAAGUGCAUUUACUAAGGAUAUUGCAACUUUAUCUCAUAGAUUAGCCGAUGCAAAUUACACAAUACAUCGUCUAACCCAAGAUAAUGAAAAAUAUCGGAAUGAUGUAAAUUUGGCAAUACAACUUCUUCAGUGUAAACCUUCUAAUUUUGUCGGACAAAAAUAUGAUUCUCUGCCCUCCGAGGUACAAGCCAAAGUUAGGACAUAUAUUGCACAAAAGAAACAUUCCAAUGAUACUGCACCUGCUGACAUGAAAAGUAUUACAGUACCGAUUUCAACGUUUCCCCCAACAGCAAUGGUAUAUAAUGUAACUAAGCCUGUAGUUGAAAACAAUAGCGAUGAUGAUACAGAUGAAUCCAAGCCACCAGUGGAUGUCGUCUCUGCAGCAAUAAUGGCAAAAGUUUUAGAAGAUCGAGAGAAAGAGAGAGUAUUUGGCAAACAUUGUGACACAUGUACUUGUCACAGAAGUAUUUUAAUGGUUGAUGCUGAAACACAAACUAAUAUGCCAAAUGUUUUUUCUUGUAAUGAAUGUACAAUGAACUAUGCACAAAAUAUAGAGGAACACUCUGAUAAUUUGAAAAAUAUCGACAAAAGUUGCCAAAACAAAGGCAGUCAAAACUCUUUGGUGCAUGUAGUUUACCACGAAGGAAAUGAAAGCGUUAGCAGUAAAGUACACUAUCAGAACAAUUGUACAAAGAUUAGUAAUCACCAACAGCUAUCCACAAGAGACAAAUUUUUAAGUAGGAAUGCUAAAAUUAUAGACGGUUUAAAGGAAGAUGGUCGUGUAAAUGUUAAUAUGAAAGUUAAUUUUAAUAAGAAAAAUUCAAUACGCCGUAGCGAUCCGCAACACCAAAGUGUAUUUCAAAAUCAGAACGAGAACACGAUUAAACAGAUGAUAACUCACAAAACAGGCGAUACAUGCGUUAAUGGUAAAAUAAAUAUCGAUAAAGGAAAGCAAACGAAACUGAAUAAAAAGUGUGAGUUACAAAUCGAUGGCAAAUUCAGUUCGUAUUCUUGGAAUAAAUUAGACAAGGAAUCUUCUAAUUGUAGUCACAUAGUUCCUGAAAAUUAUAAAAACUACUUUGAUAGAAAAGAACCGAGUCAGGUUGAUAUUAUUAAUGAUAGAUUAUGGAAAAACGAGUGGACGAAAUUAAAGUCACAGAAUAAAACGAAAGAAAGUAAGGACAAAGUUAACAGUGACAUGGAGAUCGAUAUAAUUAACGACAGGAUCUGGAAAAAUGAUAGAUCAGCUCAAGAAACUCAUCAUCCGACGCAAUUAACUUUAAUAGAAGUCAAGAAUAUUGAUAGCGUUACACAACAGAAUGAUUCUGGACAAGUGGAAGUAGCCACCAGCCCAAGUUUUAGUAGCGAUAGUAUUGUAAUUUCAACUUCCGAUCCUUCCAGUAGCUCUAGUGAUGUCGCUCAAUUAACUGGACUGCGUUUGCAUAAUGUUAGUAAUUUGAAAUCUAAUACUCAGAACAGAAUAACUGGUCCAAGGAAUUGUCUCGUAAGGGUAACACCUGGAUCGAAGAAUAUUCUCUUAGAUAAUGCUGGACAUUAUAAAACUGUAUUAUACACUAGUGGAAAUAAUAAACCAAAUACCGCUUUAGUUCAUUCGAAGAAAUUGUCUCGGUCUGGAUCUGAAAGAACAAUUUCAACCAGUAGCGAAGAAAGUACUCCUAUGUUGUUGCAUGACAAUAACCAACUGCAAAGAGUAGCUGAAUGGGUUCAAUCCUCGGUUCACAUGGAUAAUUCUGGGUCAAAUUACACGGAGUUAAAGCCUAAUGAAAAUAUAAUGGACAAAAGUCUUUCGUUAACAUAUUUAGACAAGUCACACACGAAGUGCAAAUCGAUCGAAAACAAUCGAGAACUAUACGAGAAUUCACUGGAAAACAAAUGCAAGGAUUUAGUGAUGAACGUCCAAGAGUUUGAAGAAGGAAAUUUAAAUAAUGAUGUAAAUAAUUUUUCAUUGGCUGUAAAUAACUCUCUUAUAGAAAAGGAGAAAGAUUUAAUAUCUUUCGAUGUUCCAAUGGAAGAGGACAAAGUUUUGCCUAAAAUUUCGAAGAAAGCAAAUCCUAUGGAUUUUGAUUACGAAGUAAAGAUCACUAAAGAAAUGGAGGAAACUUAUUUAAAACUUGCAGCGAGUUUAGAUCCUGCCGCGUUAAGCUUAUCGAGCACGGAUAAUGCAGAUUUAACGAUCGAGAAAUAUAGGAAAGAUCAUAAGAGAUUUCAAAGGAGUUACGAUAAGACGGGAUCAAAAGUGUAAAGUAUUCCAGCAAAUAUUUCAAACAAAUUAUUACUAUUUCAGCAGGGAGUUCCUUUAAAGAUAACAGAGCAUUAUUUUUUGUAACUACGUGAAACUAAGGCUGUACCAAGAACAGUAGCUUAGGGUAAAACAUUCUAUAUAGCACUGCAGAUAUAGAAUUAUAUUUAUUUAAUUUGUAUAGGUAACGGUAAUACAGCAAUAUUUCUGUCUAGUGAAUAAAAGUCCAAUUUCAUAAUAUUGCAAUUACGCAACAUUGCUGAACACGCUAUUGUUUAACAGCUAUAUUAGCCAAUUAUUUUGUAGUUAUGUAGGUGUAUAGUUUAGUUCAAACUAGUUAAAAAUCAAAUAGGGUUCUUUUCCUUUUUUUUUUUUUUUUUUCUCCUAAGUAAAUUCGAUAUUGAAAUGCUUUACGAAUGACGAUGCAAUGGAUACUGUCACUUACUUUUUCUCCUUUGAUUCUCUACAGUUUUGUAUAGAUCGAUCGAAAUCGAAAACGUAGCCCGACUAAAUUAGAUGUCUAAACUUUUAUUCUUGUUACUGUGAUUAAAUAUUAUAGGACGAAUUGCGUUCACGUGUAUUCAAACGAGACAAUAUUUAACAAAAAUUCGUUAUCAAAAUGUCGGAACGAUGUAUCCAUAGUGCGGUACAUUAGUGCAUACUACAUACUUCCAAUCAUUAGAGCUACAUGACGCGGAUAUUUCGCGUUGCAAGACGAGGUCCUUUAAAAUUCAUUUGAUACGACAAACACUGUAACGACGGUAGUAUUUCACAGCGUUAAUGCGUAACAUUGUGAUCGUUUUAAUUCCUAUAAAAUGUAUUCGUGAAACGUUUUAUGAACUUCGUUGGGCCGCGUUCACGCAGGAUGGAUUCGUAAAAAUCGCGAGGGAAACGUUUUCGUAAUAAAGGUUCGUUUCGCGCAGAGAUUAUCGUCUGUGUUAAAGAGUAAUUACGGUACCAAAGUUAAGAAGCUACUAUGUUUAGUACUUCUUUAAUAUUUCGCGUAACAUAAUACUUCAUAGUAUCAGUAGAAGUAUCUAUUUUUUGUUGUAUGUAUCGUUGCACGUUUAUUUUAAAUGCCUAAAAUCUCUGCGAGAAGAUAACCAUUACAAUAGUGCAGUCAUAUAAUUAAAGUAAACUGGAUCGUUACACGAUUUCGAUGUUAAUCCAAGCUCGCUGUACUUUGGUCGAAUUACAACCGACCACUUAAAAAAAAAAAAAAAAAAAAGAAAAAAGAGAAGAAAA